UUUUGUUGCCUUCUUCUUUUCAAGCUCCUCUUAAACUCAUCCUGAACCAAUCGGCUUGCCGAUUAGCAAAAACCCUAACUUGCUCAAGUUUGACUCACUGAAUAACUUGAUUCAACUCAACUGAAAAUGAGACGGUUCAGCAGGAUUGAAUUUGUUGAGCCUUACCAUCCACCACCACUCUUCGUCAGAGAAACCUCCAUUUUCGCGCCAACGCCAUUAUCAUUCCCCUCAUUUUUCGAAGAAGAGCACGAUCUAAGCUUCGCCCUCGAUCUGUUGACUCCUAAACCUAGUCUCUUUGAAGUUUUUGAUACUGUCACCGAUCUGAUCCAAAUUGAGAAGACGCCGUCGCUCUACUCCUGCAGGAGGGUUCAGAAGAGGUUCUCACCUAAGUUUGCGUUGGAGACUCUGUGUGACAGAGUGAGCGCGCUCGAGUCGAGAUUUGACUGGCUGGUCAACGAGAGAGUCUACGGAGGGGACAGGAAAUACACAUGGACGGCGGAGAUCCAGGGCGGUCCAAUUGAUCGUAGUUAUAAAUGGACGGCUGAUAUCAAGGGAGGAAAAAAGAAGGAGAAGGAAGAUAAAAAGAAGAUUGAUAAGAGCUAUAAAUGGACGGCUAAGAUUAAGGGAAAAGGAGAAGAUGGUCCGACCGAGAGGACUUUCACCUUUGAAGCAUCCACUGGUAAUGCAGGUGACUGUAGCAAAUCAGAUAAGAAAGAGAAGAAGAAAGAUAAGAAGAAAGGAGACAAUGAGACACGUGUGGUGGAGAUCGAAGAGCCUGGCGAUCAUGGGGCUCUUGUUUUGAGACAGGCUUUUUCGAAAAGACCUGGAGCUGUUAGAAGCAGCAGGGGCAAACUCAAGGAACUAUCUCCUCAAGAUGCAGCAAUAAUGAUUCAGAUGACUUUCAGAGCUUAUUUGAUUCAAAGGUCUCAGGCUCUUCGGGCCCUCAGAGAUCUGGCUGUUGCAAAGACUAAGUUGAAGGAGGUUAGAGCAUUGUUCAACAACUUCUCCUACCGUCGGCAAGUGGCUCGUGAUGCAGAAGAGCAGCAAAGGUUCUCGGAGAAAAUUAUUGUCCUACUCCUUACUGUUGAUGCUAUUGAGGGAGCCGAUCGAAUGGUGCGAGCUGCAAAGAGGUCAAUGGUGGAUGAGCUGGAAGCAAUGCUUGAUGUGGUGGAUCCUCAACCAGCUGGGAGAUCUCUUUCAGUGAGGAGAAGGACCUUUGACAUGCCUGAUGGUGUGAUUCAGAAGGAAAUUGCAGCAGGCGUCGCACAGGUUGUACAAAUGAUAGACGAAGAGAAGGGUGCCGGCACUUUUGAGGCAUGCAUAUAAGAACAAGGUUAUGUAAUUAAUUAGCCACUACCUUUUGGGAUCUAUGCUAUUAUAUGUUGUUAUGUAUGUGUUUUAUGAUUACCGCCUUACUUUGCUUGAGGCUGAGGGUUGUACUCUGUCGUGCUUUAGACUACUUGCGUUUUGGCUGUUUUAACUAGAGACUGGCUGUGUAUUUGUGCAACCUGAGUGAACUCUAAUUUGUUGUCUUU